UUUUUUGUGUGCAUCCAAUCAUCCAAAUCUUUGCCGGCCCCGGACAAUUCAAAACCAUAGCAACAACAACAACAGCAGUAGCAACAACAACAAACUGCAGCAACAUUCAACACGACAGGACACAAAUUAUCGUCAUGCCAUCUGCAAGCAAAAUAUCUCGUACUUUGGAAAUGACUCCUCUUCCUGAUUGGUUUGUUCCUGGACCUCGCCAUGUGAUCUGCGCCAAAGGAAAGCAGGCAAAGGAACAUGCUGCCAACCAACUGUUGAAAUCAUUGAUUCAUCAGCACCUAGAAGAAUACAAGCGAUGUCCCUCCAAGCUAGAACGAUCAUUUAUUGUCUCCAAGAUUCUCAAAUGUAUUCGGAACGGAGGGGAAGGCGGUUUUGUUCGCAAAUUGAAUGGACGAUGGAGUGAUAUCGGAGAUAGAAAUGCCAGGGAGAAGAUUGGACAAUCCUUUCGCGACAGUCUUGGUCACAUCUUCAAAUCCUCGACUCGGGCCAAGGCGUGCUUUCGGCAACGUCGGUCAAGCGACAGUGACAUUCAUCCCGCACCCAUUGUACCUUUCUUUGCCAUGUCAGACAAUGUCAGAUAUCGUCAUUCUGUCAGUCUUGACGGCACCGAUGCUUUCACUCCUUCAAUACUGGCACAAGAUGACACGGAAUUGGAAUUAACGGACUUGGAACCACUGCCAUUGUCAAAGGGGAUUGCUGUGGAUUUGAACGAAAUGUCCCAGGUUUCAUCGGAACCCCCUGAGGAUGCGUCUUUCCGAGAGGCCAUGGAGGAAAUGUUUCAGUGCCACUUUUCCGGAUCUUCAACACGAUCUGCACAUUCCGUGUAGAGUAGAGUGACGAGUCAGCCAUCAACAUCAUAUGUAACGAAUACACAACUUCCAUAUCAUUGUACCAGU